UUUGAACGAACGUGAGAAGUGUCAAUUUGUUAUCAAGAUCAAGAUUUUAAUCCUACUUUUAUUCGUGAUAGAUUAAGUACAAAACGUACAAUUUAUACAAUGUUUUUACGAAUAAAUUAUCUAUUAUUCGUUUUCACAGCGAGUAUUUUAUGCCAUAAUGAUGUCGAUGUCAAGACAGAAGAGGAUGUGGGUGUAAAGUAUGCCAACAAAUGUGAAGCGUGUAAGAUUCUGGCGACUGAAUUGCAAGCCCGACUUGAAGAAACCGGCAAAGUGCACGAUGUCAUUGAAAUAGGAUAUUCUCUCGACGAUGUGCAGCCCAAGAAGAAGACCAAGUAUCAAAAAUCGGAACUAAGAUUGAUCGAAUCUUUAGAGGGGGUCUGUGAACGAGUUCUCGAAUACAAUAUUCAUAAAGAGCGUCAGGACAGUACUAGGUUUGCUAAAGGUAUGAGUCAAACCUUCAAAACCUUGCAUGGGUUAGUGGACAAGGGUGUGAAAGUAGAUCUUGGUAUCCCAUAUGAGUUAUGGGACAAACCAUCAGCAGAAAUUACUCAAAUGAAGACACAAUGUGAGACUUUAUUGGAGGAGCAUGAAUCUGUGAUUGAGGAGUGGUACUGGAAUCAUCAAGGUGAUGUAGACCUAAAAUUUCACCUUUGUACUAAGCAUAUCCUACAGGGUAAGGAUGAUUCUUGCCUGAAUGAAGAACUCAAGACUGAGAAGGGGGAGCGUCAUAGUAAAAUCAAAUCAGACCUAUAAAGUGCAUUUCUUUUCUUAAGCAUUUACAGAAGAACAAAGUUGUUACAUCAAUAAAUCCUGUGAUAAUAAGCUAAACGAAAACGCUCCAGUCAGCCAUUGUGUUUAAGUACAACUAAGUCCAAAUUGAGGACAUGAAUUGAUGAUUUAGGCUUUCCUUUGUAUUUGUAAGAUAUACUUUGUUUACUUAUGUUUAUAGACUUUGGUAUAAAUUGUUUUAAUGUAUAAUCAUUUUAUAUUUUGUAAAACCAAUCAUCUUUUGAGUUUGUUUAUUAUCUGUAACAUUUUUCCUGAUAGAAUGAAAUUAUUCCUAGACUUAAUUGAUAGGGAUAAUGUAUUGGAAUGGAUUGAAAAUGGAUGUUUAGUAUGAUAAGUGUGCUGAAUUUGCUAUUAUUAUUUUACUGAAGCUCUAUCUUCUUGUUAUGUGGUAUUAGGAAAAGCUAGCUAGCUACAUUCAGCAAGGGAAACAGUGGUCAGUAGUCAUAAUUUAGUUGGUUUUUCAAAAAUCAUCAAUAUGUAUUCCAUUUUAUUUUUGAAUCAUUUAUAUUAUGUAAGCUUUACUUCUAUUUACUAGUAGGACUUUGUAAUUGUAAAACAAUAAAUAAAUGUAAGAUAAAAUAAAAGUUCUGUUUUGUAAA